GAGCAGAAGGGCAUCAAAACCAUGAAGGAGGACCUGAAAAUGAACAUUCCUGUUAAUGACUGCGUGAAACCCACCGACCCGUGCAAAGAGAAAACAAGAAUAAAAAUGAAAAACUUGAGGAACAGAAUUGGACUCUUCUUGAAGAUAAACAUCUCUCAUUCCAUGCAUCACAAAUCGCACAGGCCAACCGCAGACGAUGUGAGCCAGUGGGCGCAGUCGCUAGACAAACUACUCGGUCAUAAAUAUGGGAAAGCGGCUUUUUGCAUCUUCUUGAAGACCGAGUUCUGCGAGGAGAACAUCGAGUUUUGGAUGGCGUGCGAAGACUUCAGGAUGCUCUCGUCACACCAAGAGUUGACGUCCAAAGCCAACAGCAUCUACGAGGAAUUCAUCAAAAACGAAGCCCCCAAAGAGGUCAACCUUGACUUUUCCACCAAAACCAAAAUCAUGCAGAGUCUCCCUGAGCCGAACGCAACCAGCUUUUUGGCAGCUCAGAGAAAAAUCUACAGCCUGAUGGAGAACAACUCCUACCCGAGGUUCAUUCUGUCUGACCUCUACCAAGAACUGUGUGCAGCUGCAAAGAGAAGACACAACUCUUGAUUAAUUGACUCUUGACUAGGCGAAUCCCAUCCCAGGGACCUGAAAACUGAGCAUAAACAAUCAGAUGCCUUGAAGGACUUUCGACCGUGGAUUUUUAAACGGUCUUUCAUUUCUGCCCGACGGGAUUUAAAGUGAUAUUUUCCUGGCUGGUCCAUUGAAAUGCAUUAUCAUACUGUGAUCAAAGCACCAGUACGCGCUGAUGUCAAAGCAAAGUACGGUGUCUUACUAAAGUCUUCAGAGUCUGAAGCACCAGUGAAGUCAGAAUGCACUUUGACGAUACAAGACCGUUAUACGUAUGUUGUUGUCUGGUAUUGUAUGGAAAUGUUUGUGUUUUUUUCUAUGCAGGAAUGUUUGUGAUUAUUCCUGCAAGAAAAGUUCAGUUCAUCACGAAAAUCCCCCUUUGUGAAGCCAUUAUUAUUACCAGUCUUGAAUAACAAUAAUCAUCAUAAUGAAUUGGAUUUACAUGGCAUUAUUUCAUUUUCAGAGCACUUUACGGUGAAAGAACGCUAUUAAUUAGUCACACAUUGCUGGCGGUAAAUUAAUUAAUUUUAAAAUAAGAUGUUUUAAGUCCAUGGUUCUCGCCCGGAAAAGGGUGGAAUGCCAUCUUCGGGUUGGGGAGGAGACCCUGCCCCAAGUGGAGGAGUUCAAGUACCUCGGAGUCUUGUUCACGAGUGAGGGAAGAGUGGAUCGUGAGAUCGACAGGCGGAUCGGUGCGGCGUCUUCAGUAAUGCGGACGCUGUAUCGAUCUGUUGUGGUGAAGAAGGAGCUGAGCCGGAAGGCAAAGCUCUCAAUUUACCGGUCGAUCUACGUUCCCAUCCUCACCUAUGGUCAUGAGCUUUGGGUUAUG